AUGCACAGUGCACACAACAUAAAGAAUUUACACACACCCCUUCACUCAGUCGCUGCAGCGCACCAGCUCCAGGACCCUCAGCUCUCUCCUUCACUCUUUGCCUUCACUUCUUCACUAAAGCAGGCUAACUCCGGAGUGGGACCCUCUGUCUGCAGAUUGGAGUUGGGAAGAGUGCCACUGGACCGGACUGGACACAGACUAACCUCACACCUCAGACAUGUCAGACUCCGAGAGCGCUGCUGCCCCUGCUGA